CCCCGCCCACCGCCGGCUGCAGCCGCCUCCGGGCGCUGUUUGCUCCCAGUUCCCUCCCAGUGUUUCCAGUAAGAGCGGCACUGGCAGGGAAAGCGCUCCCAAUUCCUUCCCGCUGCUCUCAGGAUCGCUCCCGGUGCUCCCAGGAUCUCUCCCAGUGCCGCGCGGGACGGGGUUGUUUCGGAACCCGCCCAGGGCAGAGCGCGGCUGCUUUUGGGAGUCGGCACUGCCCGGGCCGAGCUGGGAGCGGAGGAGGAGCGGGAGGAAGAGGAGGGACAGAGGAGGAGGAGGAAGAGGAGGAGCGGAAGGAAGAGGAGCGGGAGCAAAAGGACCUGCAGAACCGCGCUGGUUUCCCCGCCGCCUUCCCCCGCCGCUCAGGCCGAAGCUCCCCCGGCUUCUGCUGCAUCGCCCCCUCCAGGAGCCACAGGAUUUCCCAUUCACAAAACUUGGCCCGAUGCAGGAGGCCGUGAGGAAGAGGAAGAUGGCCUGGGAGCCCCAGGCAGACCAGGAGCUGAGCAUGGAGACCACAGAGGACAAAUCCCCACAGCAGAACCUUUUGGAAGAGACUGUUUUGAGCAACUCCACAGCGCAGGAAUCCAAUGGGGAGGAAAAGUCUUGGAGAACCCGCACGAGGAGGGGCUGCAAACGCAGAUCUCGGGGAUCUGAGGAGGAAAGUCCCACCCUGGGCCGGGAAGGUGGCCGGAGCUCAGAGCUGGGGGUCCAUGAGCAGAUUCAGGAUGGGGAGAAGCCCCACAAGUGCUCGGAAUGUGGGAAGAGCUUCAGCAAGAGAUCCUACCUGAUCCGCCAUUGGAGAAUCCACACAGAGGUUCGGCCAUACGAGUGUCCUGAGUGUGGGAAGAGCUUCAGGAGGAGCUGCUACCUGCCUGUCCACCAGCGGAUCCACACUGGAGAGAGACCCUACGAGUGUGAUAAAUGCAGGAAGAGGUUUCAGACCAGUUCUCAUCUCCGCCAGCACCAGCGCAUUCACUCAGAUGAGAGGCCCUUCCGCUGCCCUGACUGCAGGAAGGGCUUCAAGGACAGGUCUACCCUCUUCAAGCACCGGCACAUCCACACCGGAGAGAGGCCUGGGGCGAGGCCGUACGAGUGUGAUCAAUGUUCGAAGGCUUUUAAGACCAGCUCCCAUCUCCUGCUGCACCUGCGCACUCACACAGACGAGAGGCCCUUCCUCUGCCCCGACUGCGGGAAGGGCUUCCAGCGCAACACCCACCUCACCAGCCACCGGCGCAUCCACACCAGGGAGAUGCCCUAUGAGUGUCCCGAGUGUGGGAAGAGAUUCCGGCAAAGCUCAGCCGCGACCCACCAUCAACGGAGGCACCACUAAGGGCAGCCCUGUGAGUGCCCUGAGUGCAGGAAGAGCUUCCUGUGCUGCUCCAGCUCCAUCCCCUAUGGAAGAUCCACCCUGGAUGAUCCCCAGUGGUCCCCAGUGAUCCGUGGUGCCAGUGAUCCCUGUUGGGAAGACACCUGGCUGGGGGGCUUCACAUCCUCCUGGCUGCCUGUGGAUACCUGCACACGUCCACGGACCAACAUCCAAAAUCCAUUUUGUAGAGCUGGUUUGUCCACUCCUGACCCCAGAAAAAAAUCACUUUUUGCCUCUUUUGGUGGCCUUAACAACACUGGAUAGUCUUGGAGGUCUUCUCCAACAUAAAUCCAUCGUUUUAAUUCUCUCUGGCCCACGGGCAUCUUCCACAGCCAAAUGGGGAGAAAACUCUCAAUGGGUUUUUGCCAAUGGGACAAAACUCUCAAUUUUGGACACAGUUGGGUGGAAACCCCUCCAAAAAAGGUUCUUCCCACCCGCCAAGCACGUGGUUGCUCUGCCAGCAGGGAAAUAUAAAUAGUUUGGUUUUUUUUUUUUUGCCUUGAAAUGAAAAGGUUUCUGUUCAUUCCUUUCAAAGUCCUGAAACUGGGGUAGAAAUAAAGGCGUUGAACUAAGGCGUGCAUGGGGACAUGUGGGGGACAAUUGUUGUGGUGUGCUGUAAUGUCCCAUUUUGGCCUUCCAGGUCAUUUCCCCAAGUGUGCCUAUACCUCUCUCCCUUCCCCCUUGCCCCCAUGCUGAGUGAGUCCUGUCAAUCAGGCUUAACAUUCCAGCAAGGCGUCGUGUGGUUGGUCAAGUUCAAAGGAUGCCCCUAUUCCCAGAGGUCAUUGGCCUGUCUGGGUGUCAUCUUCCCCUGAGACCCUGCCCCUCUCACCUGGUUGGUGGCUCACCUGUACCUCCCCUCCCCCUAUCCCUGAGCUUAAAAGGGUGAUCAGACCAUGCGGCUGUGUUCUGUUGGAGCCGUUCCUCACGUUCAGACCUCUGUAACCAUGGAAUAAACCUCUGGACAUUAAACCCUCCA